AGCCAUGGUUCUGUUCUUCAAGGUGCUCUUCGGCCCGGCCGCCGUCUUCCUCUCGGCGCUCGUCGUCCUCUCCUGCUUCAAGAGCGUGCCGUACCUUAGCAGGAUGAGCUCCACCGAGCUCCCCUCCUACAUGUCCUACUUCGAGUCGCCGAUCCCGAGGUGCGACAUCUUCCAGGGGGAGUGGGUGCCCGACGAGGCCUCGCCGGAGUACACCAACGAGACGUGCUCCUACAUCCAGGAGCACCAGAACUGCAUGAUGUAUGGCCGCCCCGACCUGGAGUUCCUCAAGUGGCGGUGGAAGCCCGCCGGCUGCGAGCUCCCGCGGUUCGACCCGGACAAGUUCCUCCGGCUCGUCAGCAACAAGACGCUCGCCUUCGUUGGGGACUCGCUGGCGAGGAACCAUAUGCAGUCUCUCCUCUGCCUGCUGUCCAAGGUCGCGACGCCGAAGGACGUCUCGGUGACGGGGAAGACGGACCCGAACAAGAUGCUGUACUACGAGGGGUACAACUUCACCAUAUACAUCUUCUGGUCGCCGUUCCUGGUGAGGGCGGAGGAGUCGGCGGAGAGCCCCGGCGCGUUCAACCUCUACCUCGACGAGCCCGACUGCAAGUGGUUCGCCCGCGUGGCCAGGCUCGACUACGUGCUCUUCUCGGCGGCCAACUGGUUCACGCGGCCGUCCGUGUUCUACGAGAGCGGGAGGCUCGUCGGCGGCAGCUACGUCGCGCUCAACAUCACCAGCGACCUGACGCUGCGGCACUCCCACCGGAUGGCGUUCCGGACGGCGCUCCGGGCCAUCAACGACAUCAGGUUCAGGGGGAGAGCGAUCGUGCGGACGCUGUCGCCGAUGUCGCACUUCGAGGGCGGCGCGUGGGACAAGGGCGGCGACUGCCGGCGGACGCGGCCGUACAGGGGCAACGAGACGGCCAUGGGCGGCCUGGACCUGGACUUCUACACGUCGCAGGUGGAGGAGUUCAGGGAGGCGCAGAGGGAGGCGGCGGCGAACGGGGUGGACAUUGUGCUCAUGGACCCCACCGGCGCGAUGCUGCUCCGGCCGGACGGCCACCCGAGCCGGUACGGGCACUGGCCGGACGAGAAGCGGGUGCUGUACAACGACUGCAUCCAUUGGUGCCUGCCUGGGCCGGUCGAUGCUUGGAACGACAUGCUGCUUCACAUGCUCUCGGAUUGAUCUCAUUGGUAGUCUU